AUGAAGUGUGUUGUUCUGUUGCUGAGUCUGCUCUCGGUGGGACGCUCAGCUCCUGUGAGCAGCUGUGACACUCUGAUAAACCCAAUAACUGUCAACACGGAUGAGAUAUUGGGAAAAUGGAUGUAUGUUGGGGGAAGCUCUGACCUCCCUGGAAGCCGUUCCCUGGCCUUCCUGCUGACCAGCGCCUGGGUGAAUGUUACUACAACUGCCAACAGUAACGUCCUCAAUAUCCUGCAGACUCAGAGAAUAAAUGGUGACUGUUCGAGCAUGACGUAUGAUGUGGUCUUUGAAGACAGCACAAUGUUAAUCAAGGAGCCUUUUUACCUAAAGGAGGUCUACCUGCCAACUGGCUGCUCUGACUGUAUACUUGCUCAUGAAGAAGUCAUCUCUGGGAAUGAUACUUUUACCAGCCUUCUUCUAUUCAGCAGGAAAAUGAGUGUCUCUCCUGACGUUGUGGAGACGUUAAAGAAAGAAGCAGAAUGUCUCCGGAUGUCAUCACCCAUUAUGAUGGACCCAAACAACGAAAUCUGCCCUGACAACCUCCCGCCCUCAGAGGGGCUCAGUAUCCUCAACAGCUUAUUAGAAAACAAGAUGGCACAUCGAGUUGCGAGAGUCCUGGAUGUUCUUUUUGAUGUGUUUGUGAACUGGUAG